AUGGAUAAUCCGUUAUCAUUAUACUGUCGACUUUGUGCAGAAAUUAAAUCAAAUACCGAUUUAAUUAAUACAGUUAAUGAUGAUUUAGAUUUAAAGUGUAAAAUAUACGAUCUAUUAGCAAUAGAAACAUCGAAUGAUAUUGAUUUACCAAAAUCAAUAUGUAGUGAAUGUUUUAAUAAAAUAGUUUUAUGCUCAGAAUUUAAAGAGCAAUCACAGAAAGCACAGACUAAAUUGCGUGAAAUUGUUAUACUUAAUAAUAAAGUUAAAAUUGAAUUAAGUGCUAUCGAAGAAAAUAUUGAACAGGAAGAUAAUAAUUAUAAUGAUUCCCGUGAUGAUCCUUUAUCGGCUGACGAAAAUCCAAAUUCUAUUGGUGAUGAUCCAAAAGAAGACAUUACAAUUGUUAAAAAUGAAAUAAAAAUUGAAGAUGCUGAAAUAAAUAAUAAACAAUGCAAGUCAUCUAAAGAUAAUCGUAGUGACGAAGUAAAGAAACUACAACAACGUUGGAGUCAUGAUGUUUAUAAAUAUUAUGGCGACUGGCAAUGUAAUGAUUGUGAUGAAAUCAUAAAAUCAUCAAAACAUUUUCGUGAACAUUGUGCCGCAGCUCAUAACAAAUUACCUGUAUACGUGUGCAAAAUAUGCUCAAGAGUUUAUCAGGAUGAAAAAUUUAGUGCAUUUUAUAAACAUAUUUUUAAACAUUUCAAGUAUCAACAUCGACCAGAAGAUAUGCGUAAUAAACAAGGACGAAAGCAUUCAUCGAAAGUAAAGAAAGAACAUAAAUGUACUGAAUGUGGAAAAUUAUUCGAGAAACCGAUAUAUUUACAAAGACAUUCAAAAGUACAUGAACCAAAAGAUUUAUUUACAUGUACAACAUGUAACAAACAAUACCAGACAAUAGGGGCAUUAAAGUAUCACGAGGCUAAGCAUACAGAGGAGCGAGUUUUAGUAUACUGUGAACAAUGUGGUAAAAGUUUGACAACGAAAUCGAGUUUAGUGUGUCACAUGAAAACAGUACAUACAGAAGAAAGGCCUUACCGUUGUGAACAAUGUCCAAAACGAUUUAAAAAUAUACCUACUUUGCAUAAUCAUUUAAAGACACAUAUUGGAUUGAGAUUUAAAUGUAAUAAUUGUGAUAAACUAUUUUCAAGUAAAUCGUCAUUAAAACGACAUUCAUCCACACAUUCUGGUCUUUUACCAUUCGAAUGUAGUUUUUGUAAUAAACGAUUUAGAAUUGCAGAAUCUUUAAAGAUACAUGUUCGACAGCAUACAGGUGAAAGACCUUUUUCAUGUGAAAAAUGUAAUCAUCAUUUUUCAAAUUUAGCAAAUUAUAUCAAACAUAUGAGAGGAAAACACGGUGUACUUAGUGUGGCUAAAGAUCCUGUUUAUUGUAAUCCCAAGUAUGUAAAAACUAUCACGGAGAGUCAACAACCAAUUACGGAAAAAUAAUUAUUAAUUAAUUAGUCUUAAUCAAAUUAAUAAUA